GUGAUUGACGACGGAUAAGAGUCAAAUCCUCGGUUGGUUUGGUGAUGGCCUGCCUGUAAAUGCCUGAAUCAAUUACAACCUAGUAUGUAUGUGCCUUCGCUGCUGCGCGGUGCUGAGCGAGACCAACGGCAAACAGGCCUGAGCGAGUCUAUGACACAGGCCAACGUGACAGGAGAGCUCGCGCACCUCAAACCUCCGCACAGCGCACCCGACCUGAGCACUCUACUCCACUUAUCUCCAGCAGCCACCGACCACCUCCGCUCCAGCGAAUCUGAGCUGGGACUGCCCUGGACCUGCCCGUCGUGGAAUCGAAGGAGAGGAAGGGAUUUGGCGUCUUUUUUCUUCUCUUUCCUGUUGCGCAUCGUCCGUGACGCCCUCUUUGCCUUUUUGCUCGCCCUCGUCAUCGACUUGCCGGUGCUGUCUGAAGACAAAUCCACCAGUCCUCUUUGGGCCAUCCCGCUCUUGGGGCAUCCCGCUCCACCCGAGCAACUUGCUGCUCGACGACUACGUACCCUCCUCGACACACACUCACGCACACACCUCCACACCUCGAGCCAGCCAGGUACGCGCACCACCACGGCCACCACCACCACCACCACCACCACAUACAAACAGCGACGUUCUAAUUCUCGUCAGACCAGCCGAAAGCGGUGGCCGAAUCCCCCUCGCUCUUCACGGGACCACCCCAGACCGUCCCCGCGCACGCAAAGGCCUGCUAUGACCAACCCGUACCAGCGCGGUGGCUCGGGCUCGGGCUCGGGCUCCGCAUCCUUCCUCCCAGAUCCCUCGCUGCACUUCGGCCCGCGUCGGUCCUCCUCGUACGCGACCGUGGCCUCGACCACGGGCCCCAUCCCCCGCCUAAGCGGCUUCGCACACCUCCUCAACCCCGUCGGCGCCGGCGACAGCUACGACCCCCCAGACUACCCGCCGUCCUCGAGGGCCGACAUGGACGGGUCGUCGAGGAACGGCGCCGGAGGGCCGGGCGCCGGAGCGGGCGGGGACCACGGCAUGUCGCAGAACGGCACGGGGGCCCCGGCAGUCAGGUACUGGCAGCUGAGGAAUCCGCAGCUGCAGCCCCAGUCGAGGGCCUUUGAGCCCUUCUACCGCCACUCGCUAUACGACGGCUUCGGGCCCCAGGCACAGGCGGCCGCCGCGCGCCACUUCACGCCCUCGUACCUCAAGGGCUCCACAUACGCACAGAGGCUGGAGGAGUCGCACCGGGCCAGGCUGGCCGCGCUCAAGGAGGGCGCCGGGGCCAUGCAGGGCCAGGCCGUGGGCGCGGGCGGCGGCCUAGGGGCCAUCGGUGCCGGCCCCCAUCACAGCAGCCACCAUCACCACGCUGCCCAGCAUGGGAUGACCGGAGUGUCGGGCGGCAGCAGCAGCGGCGGGGCGGGCGUCAGCGCGGCCAAGAUGACGGCAGCAUCACAUCGAGGCGUGGCCUUUGAAGUGGCCGAGAAGAUGCUAGGCGGUCUCGAGGCAGAGACCCCGGUCACGCCGCUGCCCACAAGAUGGAACAAGGACGACAAGUGGGGUGGGUUGGAAGUCCUGGCCGAAGGGCUCGAAGUCAAGCUCACAGGGCCCAAGGGCCCCAACGAUAGGGAACGCGACCACGAGGCCUGCUCCAUCCGGGCAGAUCACUACAUGCCGCAUGAAUGUGGUAUUUACUACUACGAGGUCACGAUAUUGGCAUCCAAAAGGGACGAAACCACAAUAGGCAUCGGGUUUGCAACCAAGCACACAUCAAUGGCCAGGGCACCCGGCUGGGAGCCAGAGUCGUGGGGCUAUCACGGAGACGACGGGCGGAGCUUUGCUGCGCAGAACGGCGGCAGAGACUACGGCCCCAAGUUCGCCGUCGGUGAUGUCAUUGGCUGCGGCGUCAACUUUAAGACAGGCAGCGCCUUCUACACCAAGAACGGCGGCUUUCUAGACGUCGCCUUCCGAGAUAUCAAAGGAAAGCUCUACCCCUCUGUAGGGCUCAAGAAACUCGGCGACCACGUCAGGGCCAACUUUGGCCAGACGCCGUUUGUCUUUGCCAUUGAUGCCAUGGUAGAGAAGGAGAGGAAACGCAUCCGGACUGAAGUUGACGAGACAAGCACUGCGAAUCUUGCACCCUCACUCGAUGAGACAGGACUCAUCCAGCAGUUGGUUCUUCAAUUCUUGCAGCACGAUGGCUAUGUCGACACGGCGCGGGCUUUUGCCGAGGAGAUGCAGUCGCAGAAGCAGGCCCUGAGCCUAGACCCCACAGAAAAAGUCGAGGGACUCAGCCUCACGGACGAUCAGGACGCCAACAACAGGCAGCGGAUAAGGAGGGCUAUUCUCGAGGGCGAUAUCGACCGCGCGCUAUGGUACACGAACAAGCACUACCCGCGGGUCCUGGAGGCCAACGAGCCCGUCUAUUUCCACCUCAAGUGCCGCAAAUUCAUCGAGAUGAUACGCCGAGAGGCGGAGCUGAAUCUCCUGGCGGAGAAGCGGGCCGGUGCCAGCAACGGGAUCGAGGCACACGACAUGGAUCUUGACGAAGGGGGUGCCGCCGCGUGGGUGGACCAGAUGGAAACCGAGGACGGCUACAACGGUGCAUCAUCGACGUCAGAUGGCAGAGAUCUGCUGAACCUGGCCAUCGUGUACGGCCAGACGCUGCAAGCCGAGUACAAGGACGACCCAAGGCGAGAAGUCAAGAAGAUGCUAGAGGAAAUCUUUGCCCUUGUGGCCUACACCAACCCGCUCAAGGCCAAGGAGGUGGCGCACCUGCUUGACCGCAAGGGAAGGGUGGCCGUCGCCGAGGAGCUGAACUCGGCGAUAUUGUUAUCGCUGGGCAAGUCGGAACGUGCAGCGCUCGAGAACCUGUGGGCGCAGACCACGGUGCUCCUCGAGGAGCUUCGACAAGAGGGCGGGCCUGGGGCCUUCGUCACCAUCCAAGGCGUCGUCGACCAGAUUCCGACCCGCCAAAUUUAACCCGUCCCGUCGCCCUACCAGUGUGGUGUGGACCUAUCAAGACUGAAGUGUUCACAGUGCUAUGGGGCCGAUUUUCUGUUGUUGAUGGACGGCCCAUACUUGCUACAUUAUGCCUUUUUUCACCUCUGCAUCACAAAGAGUCACAUUUAUCUCCUACUCAAUCCCCUCGACUACACAAGGCCGGCGUUUUGGGAAAGGGGGCGUUUGGCUGCUAUUGUUUUUCUUCUAUCCAUGCGCCGCUUCUAGCACUACACUUGACCCCCGGUGUUUCAGUCCAGGUCACCACCUCGCCAAGAGGCCUUUGCCUGCGAAAACGGCACAGCCAGGGCCUAACAGGCCGUCAUGAAUCUGGCACUCUCAUAUUACGCCUCACCGGUGCUUUCCACGAUGCUUUUCCGCUCCAUCUGUUUCUGCCUCCUCACGACGAACAACGGCCACGGGUUAUAGCACCAGCCACGGAUUUCGGUUACCGGUCCAACCCCUCUCGCCCUUGCUCAAAAGGUGACUUUACCGGGGGGCAGUUGCAAUGGGUGUUCGGGUGGGAGCGAUGGGAAGCUCGAGUUGGAAGGCUGUGGGGAGAGGUCACAAGCGCGCGGGGGUAUACAAGUCCCAGCCACAAAAGGGUUUCGUCGCCUUGGCUUCCUCAUUUUUUUCCUAUCGGCCGUGUUUUCCUUGUUGAUGCCCAACCAUUUUCGCCGAUUUCCGUACCCGACCCCCCCCCCCC